AUGUUUCCAGAGCUUCCCUAUAGGCCAUCACCAGUUCUUGUGAGAAGUUACUCUGGACCGCUCUCUUCAGUCUAUGGCGAGGUUCAUGUUGACGUAAAGUACCAGGGCAAGGAGUGUAAACUGCCUCUGUUCGUCAUGAGAGAGGAUACCCCAACGCUUCUCGGUCGCAACUGGAUGGCAGGACUUGAGAUAAAGCCUUUCAAAGUGCAAGCAAUCACUGCACAGGCAAGCGUGGACGACGUUGUAAAGAAUUUUCCUGACGUUUUUUCAGGGGAAUUAGGGACGUUCAAAGGAGCGUCUGCAAGCAUUACUGUACAAGCUGGAGCGAGGCCGAUGUUUUUCAAGCCAAGGCUUGUACCAGUUGCCUUACAAGACCGUGUCGCGGAGGAACUUCAACGGCUGGUGCGUGAAAGGAUCCUGGAACCUGUGCGGUCCGCGGAAUGGGCUACGCCAAUUGUUCCGGUGGUGAAGAACAACGAACAAAUCCGUAUCUGCGGUGAUUUUAAUGUAACGAUUAAUCCUGUUAUCCAUGUGGAGAAGUAUCCCGUACCACGCGUAGAAGAACUAUUUGCAAAAAUGACUGGAGGCAGCAAGUUUACUAAACUUGACCUCAAGGAUGCCUAUCAGCAAAUCGAACUUGACACUGAGUCACUGAAGAAGUUCAUUCCCAACUUGUCAACUGUUUUGGAGCCUCUGAACUCUUUGUUGAGUCCAACAGUUAGAUGGCGUUGGACUGACUUGCAGGAAAAGGCGUUUCAAGAAAGCAAGAAACUGCUGAUAUCUGCCGAAGUUUUGGUACACUACGACGCUACAAAGCCAGUAGUACUGUCUUGCGAUGCUUCACCCUACGGUGUGGGGGCGGUCGUGGCUCAUCGUGACGAAACCGGUGAGGAGAGACCAAUCGCGUUUGCAUCGCGAACUUUGUCAUCAGCUGAAAGGAACUACAACCAAUUGGACAAGGAGACUUUAGCACUAGUUUUUGGAGUAACUAAGUUUUACCAGUACCUCUGGGGACGGAACUUUGAAGCUGUAACUGACCAUAAGCCACUCCUUGGGUUACUGGGAUCUCAUAAGCCAGUUCCCGUUCAUGCGUCACCAAGGCUCGUCCGCUGGGCUCUUUUGUUGUCUUCGUAUCGCUACCACCUUGUCUACCGGGCAGGGAAGAGCAUCGGGCAUGCGGAUGCCUUAAGCCGCUCACCACUUCCUACGUCGAAUAUUGCAGUGGAAAGGCCUGGAGAUGUCUUCAUGCUAGCUGAUGUGUAUCCAUCGACUUUAUCUCCGGCGGCUGUCGCAAGAGCAACUAGGAACGACCCAGUCUUGCCCAGGGUUCUCGAAGAACUAUGGACGGGACGCCACCUCCGACUGGCCCUGAAUGGGAACCGUUCGUGGCACGCCAAAACGAGCUCAGCCUCCAGGAAGAUUGUGUUCUUUGGAGCAACCGACUCAUCAUUGCGGAAUCUCUACGAGAAGCGGUGCUCAAGAUUCUUCAUGAGUCAUCCUGGAAUCGCAAAAAUGAAGUCUGUGGCGGAGAGCCAUGUAUGGUGGAAAACUAUCGACGCGGACAUGGCAAACAAGGUACGGAACUGCAACUUAUGCCAGGAACAGCAACGUUCCACCCAACAAGUGGAAAUGAACCCGUGGUCGUUUCCCGAGAAGCCUUGGUCGAGGUUGCACGUAGAUUUUGGCGGACCUUUCAAAGGCUACUAUUUCCUGGUUUUGGUUGAUGCCUUAACGAAGUGGAUCGAAGUUUUUCCGGUGACCACACCUUCGGCGGCAGCAGCCAUAGACUGCCUUAAAGCCGCUUUUGCAACACACGGACUUCCAGACAUCGUUGUGUCGGACAAUGGGUCUGCUUUCACAAGUAAGGAAUUUCGUAUUUCUUGA